GUUCUGAAAAUAUUACUGAUGGCAGACCUUUUUUUCAAUUGGGAGCCAUUAAGGAGGAUAGUGAGAGGGGAUUGGUAGUGGCUACUCAAAAUAGAAAAGGAUUUAGUUUGAAUAAUCCUUAUUUAGGAGUGGAGUAUCCGUCUAUUAUUCAUAGUUUAGGGAGUGUGAGUGAAAAAAUAAAGAAGUUUUUGGAGCAAGAACAGCAUGAAGAAAUCCCCAACGAUAUCAGGAGGCCCAAAAAUGAGAAAAGGCCGCUGUUAGUGAUUGGGCUGAAAGAAUUAAAAAAGAGAAAAAAUAAUGGCUCAACAGUUAAUCAGGAGAGGAGAAGUCCUCAUCCUGGAAUAAUUAUCUCUAAUAAUCAGCAAAAUCUUUAUAGUCCCUUAAUCACCAUUAUUCCUUUAACUUCUCAACUGGAUAAGAUUUACCCGUUUGAGGUGCUGACUGAAAUAAAUAACCAAAAGGGCAAGGCCUUGACCAACCAAAUUACCACUAUUGAUAAAAAAAGAUUGGGAGACUACUUGAGGCAAUUGGAUAAAUCAGUUAUGAGAAAAAUCCAAGCAUCCUUACAUUUGACUUUGGCUUUGGAGGAAUAG